AUGGCCACCGAUACGCUAGAUCUUCUCAAAGAUUGGCAAUUGUCUGUUAAACAAGUCAAUCCGCGGCAAUACGUUGCUCAGAUUCCUCAGUUACUCUCUGGAGACCUUGAUUUAGGCAUCGUUGGGCUUGACAUUGUUAGUGAGUUUGGUCAGGGAAAUGAUGAUCUUAUUAUUGUUCAUGAAGCUCUCAACUUCGGAGACUGUCAUCUCUCUCCUGCGCUACCAAAUUAUGGGAUAUUUGAGAAUAUUAAUUCUCUCAAGGAGCUAGCACAAAUGCCUCAGUGGACUGAGGAAAGACCUUUACGAGUUGCUAAUAAUCCAACUUAG